UUAUUUUAUAAAAAUUAAAGAUUCUGAAGAGAGCAACGAAACUGUCGACCUUGAUCUUCCUCACUACUUGGACAAUAAUAAAUAUAUAUUUGUCAUUAACAACUCGCUUAAUAAACAGCAGCGAGAGGUAGACAAAGACAAAUGGGCUAUAAAGUAUUGCAGAUAUGGAAGAAAACGAAUUUAUAAAACUAUAAAAUGUAAUUUAACUCGACGGAAAAUCACCGGGUUUUUGCGCCGGAUGAUACGCGAGUGAACUAAUCACUGAUAAAUCGGAAGGACAAGCGGCCUGAUUCUUCAGUGUCAUUAGUGUCAUCCAAACACACGCAGAGUUUAACAGACGUCUCCGCGUUAUCUCGUGGAAUUUAACAUUUUAUCCGAUCAACCGAUUUCAUCCUCGGCAGCGGCCGGCUGCAUCGGGCAAUAAGAGAAACCGCACAAAUCUAUAUUACACACAAUUUUAAACGAGCAGCGUACGAGGAGCAAAGUUGGACGACGACAACGACGACGACUUCUUUUAUCUUCACGUGACACAGUAUAUUUUCGUAUUAUUUUCAUCCGUUUGUCUUUCCUCCGAGCGCGAGAUUUCUCGUAUAUUCUCGCCUACGAAAUUGUUGAUUUCGACAGAACCACGAGAUUCCCGUGAGGUAGACGGGUAUCCGUAGUAUGGAUGAUUUACACAUCUGGCGACGAUGCGCCGUACAGCCGAAGCCACCGAAGGAGAUACUGCGACCGGUGUCUCCGCCCGUAAAGGUUUUAACGGGUCCCGGUCCGAGUAACUGCUCGGACGAGGUUCUUCGUUCUCUCGGGCAGCAAGUGCUCGGUCACCUUCAUCCGGAGAUAUGCCAGUUAAUGGACGACAUCAAAAUGGGAUCACAGUACGCGUUUCAAACCAGGAACAGGCUCACCCUGGCCCUAAGUACGUCCGGUCACGGCGGCAUGGAGGCCUGCCUCGACAACUUACUCGAGCCGGGUGAGACCGUGCUGAUCGCUAAAUGCGGCUUGUGGGGCGAACGCGCGGCCGAUAUGGCCGGUCGUAUUGGCGCAAAUAUAAAAUUCCUGGAGACGGCGUACGGCGUGCCGUUCGACCUGGUCGCCCUGAACGAGGCUCUCUCGAAACACCGACCGGCGGCCGUGUUUGUGACACACGGGGAAUCGUCGACGGGCAUGAAGCAACCGCUGGAGGGUGUCGGCAAGUUGGUUCACAAAUACGAGGCCCUGUUGAUCGUCGACACGGUGGCGUCCUUAGGCGGGGAACCCUUCUUCAUGGACGCCUGGGAAGUGGACGCGGUUUACACCGGCAGCCAGAAGGUCCUCGGCGCGCCAGCAGGACUGUCGCCCGUCUCCUUUAGUCCGCGCGCGGAGAGAAAGAUAUUCCGUGCGACGAAUCGGCCGGCUUACUAUUGGGAUAUGAGGAUUCUCGGCGAUUAUUGGAAUUGUUUCGGUGCACCGCGACGCGCGUACCAUCACACAAUAAGCGCCACGUUGGUGUACGGCCUGCGGACGGCUCUGAUGCAGCUCGCGGAGGAAGGGCUUACCACCUCCUGGGCGAGACACGCGGCGAUGGCCGUGAGAUUUCGGCAGGACCUUCGAGCUCUCGGACUGGAAAGUUACAUCGAGGAUCCGCGACACCAAUUGUCAACUGUUAUCUCGAUAAAAGUGCCACCCGGCAUAGACGCCGAUAUGUUAGUCGCGCGAACUAUGGAAAAGUACAAAAUUGAGAUCAGCGGUGGUCUGGGACCAACAGUUGGGAAAAUUUGGCGUGUCGGUCUGAUGGGGGUCAACGCGCGGACUUGUAUCGUCAAUCGUGUAAUUGCCGCUUUCCACGAUGGACUGCAACACGCGCUGAAAGCAAAGAUGUAAGAUCGCCAACGUGAAUUUAUCGAUACAAUUUGAUACAAUCGUCGAUACAAUUCGAUCAUAUUAAAACCGAGCGUGAUUUUUCAGGAAAAAAUAUCGUGUAAUUUUGGGAAUUGUAUAUAUAUAAAAACUUUCUUAAUUUAUACUUAUUUAAUAGCAAUAGUAAUAAUAUAAUAAUCGGCGUUUAAUUAAUAAAUCGUUUUGGCACAGUACAGAAUAGCAUCGAUCUCCAUUCUCUACAAAACUAAUCCAAGUGUGCGUCAUGCGUCUCUCGAUCCAGCAGCCUACCUUUGUCGCAAAAAUACAAAAGGUUUAUUCGAUUAAAAUUAUAUCGCGGUGUUUAUAUAAAAAACAAAAAAAAAUAUAGUAGAUCCAGUCGCCGUCCGCGCGUGGUCGCAUGGGGGUAUACAUCACGAGAAAAAGUGAAUUGUUUACAUCUCAAGGAGCAUACAUAACAGACGUUGUACUCGUUUUGUGAACGCGCUUGCACGCGCGCGGGAGCAAAAUAUACAAAUUCAUUUUUCUUGCGCGGCAAUAAUUUCCACGUUAUACGUACGUACGUACAUAUCGCAUCGCCGCGCCGUGACGUCACAUCUUGAAUUAACCGUUGCUCUGUAUUUCAGCGCAACAAUUGGCACAGUUUCGCGCAAAACGAAUCCCGGGUGCGAUCCGAGAAAACGUCCGCCUCUCUCCUCGCCCUCCACCCUUUUCCCCCUGAGAAGCGACGUGCAACGGGCAAACCCACCCACGCGACACGUAACGCCGCUUUUUGCACAGCUCCCGCUUUCUCGUCGGCUAAGUCCCGUUAGCUAAGUUUAAUAAAAAAUAAAGACCGAGCUUCUUUCUUAUUACGUAUUUCUGUCCUCUCCAGCGUAUAGAAACGUAAUCGCUACCAGAAACCGCGUCGACUGGCCGCGUUUUUUCAAAUUAAAAACAGCGUGUAUAUAUAUAUAUAUACACGAAGCCGCACACGUGUCGGUACAAGAGCAUGCCGCGCUUACCCGAUAAUUAAUGUUAACUCAUUUAAUAUCAAGACUUGAUAGCUUGCGCAUAAGGUGAGGAAACCGAGGGAGGGAUUACUUUAAAUAUUCGCAAUAGCAAAUCCGUAAC